AUGACAACACCAAAUCCUGAUUACGAAGACUUCUUCCGUUACACGAGUGGACGAUGGCUCUGGAAUGAAGAACAGCAGCUUAAGGACAGGUAUAAGGCCUUCAACGUUACUGAGCUCCAAAGCCUCGCGGCCAAAGCCGUUCAAUCAGACAGCUGCAUAUCCAUAACGAAGCUGGCCGAGGGAUGA